GUUACUGAGCGUUUGUGCUUCUUUGUGGUAACCUUUAUAAACUUAUUUAUCAUCCCGGAGGCUGUUUUUCCAACUUGCACAUUCGGUUGUUGGCUUAUUGUUUGGCAAAGUUAUGUUUAUGCAUACGGGUUGCUUCGACCAUGAGGGUAGAAUGCACAGCAUUACAUUGGAAAUAUAACCGGAUUAAAUCGUGCCAUUGCGCCCCUUGCACGCUCCAGCUUUUCUCCACUGUUAACUUUAACCUUGCGCGGAUAUGAACGCGGAGAAGCCAAACUUUUUGUCUCAACCUGAAGUCAAAAACAUUUAUUUCUAUCGUAACGGAGAUCCGUAUUACGAGCCCAGGCGUUUGGUGAUCAACGCGAAACGGGUCUCGACCUUCGACACGCUGCUGCGCGAGGUGACCGGUGGCGUGCGCGCUCAGUUUGGAGCCGUGAGGAAUAUCUACACCCCUACAGGAGGACACAGGGUCAACUCACUGGAGCACCUGAAGAGCGGAGAUCAGUAUGUGGCUGCUGGACGAGAGAAGUUCAAGAAAAUAGAUUAUUUACAGAUAGGAACCAGGAAGAAAAGAUCACUUCAGACAAAUGGACUGAUCAAACCUGUUCCUCAGAGUCGCAUAAUAGUAUCUGCCCGGUUCCUCAAACCCAUCAAAGAGCCCUGUGCAAUAUUUAUUGUGGCUAAUGGAGACGUCCUGAAUCCAGCCGUGAGGUUACUGAUCCCCAGUCGUGUCAUCGACCAGUUCGAUCGGAUUUUAGAGAUGAUCACAGAAAAAAUGGGGCUAAGGAUUUUUGGAGGUGUGCGCAGUCUUUACACCUUUGACGGAGCUCUUAUUACGGAUGGGAAGGAAUUGGAAAAUGGACAAUUUUAUGUCGCCGUUGGCAGAGAGAAAUUUAAAAAGCUUCCAUAUAGCGACCUCCUGUUUAGUAAACCCAUAGGCAUGAAGAGAGUUAAUGGGUCAAAAGCAGCCUCAUUACCACCUAUAUACAAAUACAGAAGACAAAAUGGAGAUAUGGGGAACCAUGUCAGUAAGUCUGUGGUGGGUGGCAGUGAAUGUGGACAGGACAAAAGCAGCCCUCCGGUACAUAGCGCUAAAGAACAUCUGUCCUCCAUCGUCAGAGAGAUUUCUCAGGCCAAACUCAUGCACAUUCGCAAGAAGAGGAGCGGUCUCACAGCAUCUCAAGAGGCUCAAGAUGAUGAUGAUGGAGAGGACAGAAGUGCAGAUGAUGACAAGAUUUCACUGGAGGAUGCAGAAGUCAGUCCAAUCACUGAUCAAAAGGACAAUUCUCAAGAACAGGCUGAUAUAGAAGAACAGGAGCAAACUACCGAAGGACAGGAGCAAACUACAGAAGAACAGGAGCAAACUACCGAAGAACAGGAGCAAACCACAGAAGAACAGGAGCAAACUACCGAAGAACAGGAGCAACCUAUAGAAGAACAGGAGCAAACUACUGAUGAAUCACCAGGUAGCGAAGAAGAACAAAAACAAGAGGAUGAGAAUGCAGGAGAUGAAAAUAAAGAAAUUGAAGAGGCAAAGAAUGAAGAUGAUGGAGAGAUCAAAGAUGAGGGAGAGACAUUAGAGGAAAAGGAUGAUAGUGAAGAGAAGAAAAAAGAGGAGGAUGAUGGAGAAGAGAAACAGAAUGAAGAGGAGAGUAACCUUGAAAAAGAGGAAAGACAUGAAGAUAAACCAGAGAAUGAUGGAGGUCAGCCAGAAGAGAGUCAAGAUCAAAGUGAAGAACAAUCAGCAGAUGCUGAAUGAGAGAACACGAAUACUUAAAUGAAUAUUCCACUUUCAAAAAAAAAAAAAAACACAUCCAGAUAAUUUACUCCCCCCAUGUCAUCCAAGUGGUUGAUGUCUUUCUUUGUUCAGUCGAGAAGAAAUUAAGUUUUUUUUAGGAAAACAUUCCAGGAUUUUCUUAAUUUAAUAGACUUUAGUG